GAUGCCUUUCACGUUCCUGGACGUGCUGACAAAUGCUGAAGUACUGAACUGAAAGAAAGUAGAGGACUAUCAUUUUUGUUAUGAUGUUUUAAGGUUGCAUGUCUGGUUGGACUUGAUGCAUGACAUUUGCAUGACACCUAACAGCCUAGUUCUGGAUGUGUCACUGAGCCAACAUGGCCUACACAGCAAAUGCUAAUGGCAGUGCUGCAGAAAAAGAGGAAGCUGUUAUAAAUGGAGAAGAUGAAAAAGAACGGAAAGACCCCUAUUUUGUGGAAACACCUUACGGCUACCAGCUGGACUUGGAUUUUCUGAAGUACGUGGACGAUAUACAAAAGGGGAAUACCAUUAAGAAAUUAAACAUCCAGAAGAAGAAGAAAGCGGUACCUGCUUCUGCAGGCACCAGGAACCCUGGUGGCCAGGGCAGUGGCUGGACCUCCACCGAGUCUCUCUCGUCAUCGAACAGUGAUGAGAAUAAGCAGUUGUGUGCGGCAGCUAGGAGUCAAGUAUCCCCAUCUGUCGCUGUGAGACCAUCAGUUUCCUUCGAAGCAUCUCCUUCCUACUUAACUGUCCCCGAGAGCAAGCAGCUUCCUCCUCCCUCCCCCCAGCUUCCCCGGCACAACCUCCAUGUGACAAAAACGCUCAUGGAAACGCGGAGACGACUAGAGCAGGAGAGAAUGAUGCAGGUCACGCCAGGAGAGGUCCGCAGGCCCCGGCUCUCCAGCUUUGGGGGCAUGGGCUCAACGAGCUCCCUUCCCUCGUUCGUAGGAUCCAGUGGGUACAGCCACAUGUCCCAGCAGCUUCAAAACGGGUAUCAAGGUAAUGGAGACUACGGCGCCUGCUUCGGCUCCUCGCUGGGCAGUUCCAUUCGCCACAGCCCCCUGAGUUCGGGAAUAUCCACGCCGGUGACCAAUGUGAGCCCGGUGCAUCUGCAGCACAUCCGGGAACAAAUGGCGAUUGCCCUGAAGCGUCUCAAGGAGCUUGAAGAGCAAGUCAAAACCAUUCCUGUGCUCCAGGUCAAAAUUUCAGUGUUACAAGAAGAGAAGAGGCACAUGAUGGCAGAACUCAAGAGCCAAAGGAAACCCAGUCAAAACGACAUGUAUGGUUUCAGGAAACGAUCUUACAGUGCAGGAAAUGCGGAACAGUGGGAACAUCUGUCUCAGGUCAGAAGAGGUGGAGAAUUGUAUAUAGAUUGUGAGGAGGACAUGGAGAGCAUGGAGCAGAGCUCUCAGAGGAUAGAGGAGUUUAGGCAGCUGACUGCUGAAAUGCAAGCGCUGGAGAAAAAAAUCCAGGAUAGCAACUAUGAAAUUCCAGCAAAUCUUAGGGUGAACAGAGAGAGCCUAACAAAAGAGAGCAGAUCUGUUGCUGUUGGUGCUGAUGAAAACAUGAACGAUGUCAUUAUAUACAACAGAUCUUUGAGGCAACACAGAGAAGUAGCCGUGGGAACAGAGAAAGAAACGAGAGAGUCCGGGGUCGGGGUGACGGAAGCCAUGCUUGGCUUGUCUACAGAAGUUGAGAAGGAGCUAGAGCUUCAGCAGCAGACUAUUGAAGCCCUGAAGGAGAAGAUCUAUAGACUAGAAGUUCAGUUAAAGGAAACUACCCAUGACAGGGAAAUGACCAAAUUAAAACAGGAGCUGCAGGCAGCUGGAUCUAGGAAAAAAGUGGAUAAAGCCUUGAUGGCUCAGCCCGCUGUCGUCAGCAGAAUGGUGGAGGCUGUGGUACAAACAAGAGACCAAAUGGUGGGCGAUCAUGUGAACGUUGCUGAUUCGUCUGUGGGGAACCACCUACAAGUGAGCAGUGUUGGCACCUCCUGCAGGCCUGUCGUACAGAGCACAGCGGUGGGCCCCGAGCUGCUCAUGAAUCGGUGGCUUGUGAAGGAGAAAGCAGAAGUGCGAGACCAGUGCACGGGAAGAUCUGUUGAGGUGUACGAUAAGAAGGUGGGUGUAGAGACAAGUGUCUGUGAAACAGGUGUCAACACAGAGGAGUCCGUAGGCGACCUGAGUCUCUGCAAGACGGAGCAGAAGAUCAGAGAGGUGAGGUCAAUAGGCUGCGGGGACUGUUCAGUGGAUGUGAUUGUUUGCGCCCCGAAGGAGUGCGUGUCCCGUGAAACGGCCACAGAGGCUGUGUGCAGAGCAGAAGCCACAGUCAUGGCCAUACCUUGUACAGCUACCCAGCAAACCAGCACGGUUUUGGAAAUGAUGAGCCAGUGCACCAGUACAGAAGCAGCCUCUCUGACAGACUGCGGCACAAACACUGCUCUGAGCAGUUACGAUAAGCAGACCAACACUGUGAACGUGGAGACGCGGACUGUGGCGGUAGGAGAUGGCAGGGUAAAGGAUGUAAACGUAUCUGCUAAAACCCGUUCGGUUGGAGUGGGAACCUUGCUUUCCAGUUACCCGAGCUUUGAAAAGCCCUCUGCAACAAAAACCAAAGACUGUGGUGUCGGGCAGAUAAACAUGAACGAGAAUUAUCUAGUUGGUCUGAAGAUGAGAAGCAUUGCCUGCGGAUCCCCUCCGUUGUCAGCUGCGCCAGUUGGCACCAGGAGCAUUGGAGUUGGGGGUGAAUCUGUUUGUGAGUCUGUGGGCACCCUCUUGGAAAGCCCCCUCCCUCCGCCCGAGCUGAGAACUGGCCUGGAUCACUAUAUCGAGCGUGUGCAGAAGCUGCUGCAGGAACAGCAGAUGCUGCUUGCAGAAAAUUACAGCGAACUGGCAGAAGCCUUUGGAGAACCUCACUCCCAGAUUGGAUCCCUCAAUUCUCAGCUUAUCAGCACCCUCACGUCCAUCAACUCUGUCAUGAAAUAUGCCAGCACGGAGGAGCUACGGAGUCUGGACCUGCAGAAACAGUGUAUGGACAGAAGUACUGCAGCAGGUGCUACUUUGGAUUUCGUCCCUCACGGCCAGCUUGCAAACACCCAUCUGCCUUCAAACUUGCGAGCGCUGAAAUUGGAGCAGGACAUUGGGCCGGUUCAGGAGGAGAGGAAGAUACCUCUGGUAGAAGCAGUUCGGGGAAGGAAAUCCUACUCUUCUCAGGACAAAACCCUAGCUCCAAUUAAUCUGACAGAUGACCAGCUUGCCUCUGGCCUCUAUGUAUGUACUAAUAAUGAAAAUACACUGAAAUCUAUCAUGAAGAAAAGGGAUGGAAAAAAGGAUUUGAACAACGCGAAGAAGAACCUGCAGUUUGUCGGCCUAAAUGGCGGGUAGGUGGCCUUUUCUAUAAAGGAAAAGUCUGUCUCAUCAAGUGACUGUAGUACUUUCUCUCUGGGAAAGGAAGGAAAAACCUGGGAGUCUUACCCCCGCGCCGGGGCGCCGGGCGAGGACCAGGGGCCGCCCGGGCUCGGUGCCCCCCAGGUCCACGCCGGGGACGGCCCCUUGCCCGAGUGCGAGGCCGAGGAGGUGGAGAUCCGGGAGAGGUACGAGCUAAGCGAGAAGGUGCUCUCUGCUUGUCAUCUGCUCAGAAGCAACGUCGAUGACCCCAAGGCCUUGGCCAGCAAGGACGUGAGGUUUUGUUUAAAUACCAUCCAGCAUGAGUGGUUUCGUGUCUCAAGUCAAAAGUCUGCUGUUCCUGAAAUGGUUGGAGACUACAUAACUGCUUUUGAAGAGAUUUCUCCUGCUGUCCUCAGACAUAUAAUCAAUAUGGCAGAUGGAAAUGGAAACACAGCUCUGCAUUACAGCGUCUCACAUUCUAACUUCGAAAUCGUAAAGCUCCUUUUGGAUGCAAAUGUCUGUAACGUAAAUCACCAGAACAAGGCCGGCUAUACCCCCAUCAUGCUUGCUGCGCUUGCAGCUGUGGAGGCGGAGAAGGACAUGAGGAUAGUGGAAGAGCUCUUCAGCUGUGGGGAUGUGAAUGCUAAAGCCAGCCAGGCUGGUCAGACUGCUCUGAUGCUGGCUGUGAGUCAUGGGCGGAUAGACAUGGUUAAAGCUUUGCUGGCCUGUGGUGCAGACGUCAAUAUCCAGGACGAUGAGGGCUCUACGGCUCUGAUGUGUGCUAGCGAACACGGACAUGUAGAAAUAGUGAAACUUCUGCUGGCUCAGCCUGGGUGUAAUGGCACCCUGGAGGACAAUGAUGGCAGCACAGCACUUUCAAUAGCCCUGGAAGCUGGACAUAAGGACAUAGCAGUUCUGCUCUAUGCCCAUGUCAACUUUUCCAAAACCCAGUCACCGGGCACUCCUAGGCUUAGCAGAAAGACAUCUCCCGGUCCUACCCACAGAACCGCGUUUGAGUAGUAAUGCAUGAAUAUCUGUAAAAAUCUUAAUGCCAUCUUUAAGCUGCUAAUUGUUACUGUUUUACUGAGACAGAUACUGAAUGUAAUUGUCUUGUGCCUGAACUCACCAGCAAAGUGAAAGCAGAGACCUAGUGCUAAAGAUAGAAAACUGUAAACCUGAAGCAAGCGUUUAGUUAGGUGGUAGUCGGCUGAGACCGUUAGCCAGAACUAUUCUUUUGCUCACUUACUCAUCUUUCCACACAUUGGCAUAAAUAUUGUUUUUCUUUGCUGUAUAUUGUCUUUUACCAUGUCAUGUACAGUUUAAGAACUUUAAAGCUAUCCGUGGAAGGGUCCCAGUCGCUUAUUUUUAAUCAUUCUAAAACAUAUUUAUACUUGCUAUGCCUAGACUUUACCACAGUAACCUUUUUCAUAAAUUUCAUUCCAACAUGAUUUUGAUGUUUUUAAUUAUUUUGAAAUUCAGAAGUUGCAGUUGCUUAUAUAGGCAGCUCCGCGGAGCUUGAGCUGGUGGGUGGAUGGGUUAGGAAUAGAGAGCAGACCCUUUGUCAGGUCUGAAGUUCAUGAAAGUUGUUGCUUAUUGGGGAUAAUUAUAACUUUUUAUAUUAAAGAUAAUAGUAUCUAUAAAAUUAACUCGCACAGUAUUUUCAACAUUUUAUAUUCCUUAAUAAUUAAAAACUACAUGAAGAAUUACAUGUCCUGUUACCAUAUUUUUAUUAACUGUGUCAGUCCAUAAGCUCCAUACAUGUUUAUUGGAGAAUAAAAUUAGAGGUACCAGCUAUAUAUUCCCUUGAGUGGAACUGAGUGUAGUUCUCGCUGCAUAUUUAUGGAAUGCUAUUACCUUGUCACAUUCACUUUAGUCAUGUGUAUUUAAAUGUUUGAAGUGCCUUAGACUCUUGCCAUAUUUUCAGAAUAAAAUUUCAUUAUGCUGUUUUA